AUGGAUGGAACAAGGACGGCGGCAUCAAUGGGAGGUGAGAUGAUCAGAAAUGAUGAGAAGAGGAUAAGAUGGAUGGAGGAAGUGAAGAAAGGAGGAAGGAUCGCCGGUCCGAUGGUGGCAGUGGCGGUGGCGCAGUAUCUGGUGCAGGUGGUAUCGAUGAUGAUGGUGGGUCACUUGGGCCAACUCUCUCUUGCCAGUAUCGCCAUUGCCACUUCUCUCACCAAUGUCUCUGGCUUUAGUCUCUUAUCAGGAAUGGCAGGUGGAUUAGAAACCCUAUGUGGGCAAGCUUUCGGAGCAGAACAAUAUCACAAACUAGGGAUCUACACUUACACCGCAAUUAUCUCUCUCUCUAUGGUUUGUGUCCCAAUCUCAGUUCUUUGGAGUUUCUUCCACAAAUUACUCCCACUCUUAGGGCAAGACCCAGUGAUCUCCAUGCAAGCGCGCGCCUACUCUCUUUGGCUCAUACCUGCACUGUUCGCUUCUGCAAUUCUCAAGCCUCUCUCCAGAUAUUUCCAGACUCAAAGUCUGAUCUUUCCCUUGCUUUUAAGCUCCUCUCUCGCCUUGUGCUUCCAUGGAGUUCUGUGUUGGGCUCUGGUUUUCAAGUUGAAGCUAGGGCUUGUAGGUGCCGCGAUCUCAUUUAGUGUUUGUGCUUGGUUCAACGUGAUUUUUCUGGUGUUGUACAUGAAGUAUUCUUCUGCAUGUGAGAAGACCAGGAUCAGUUUUACGAAGCAGGGUUUUCUUGGUAUAUCAGAGUUCUUUCGAUUUGCUGUUCCAUCUGCAGUUAUGGUUUGUCUGAAGUGGUGGGCAUGCGAGUUGUUUGUAUUGCUGGCUGGACUCUUUCCAAAUCCAAAGUUAGAGACAUCUGUCUUAUCUAUAUGCCUUACAAUCUCAACCUUGCACUUUACCAUACCAUAUGGGCUUGGCGCUGCGGCCAGCACUAGAGUAGCGAACGAGGUAGGAGCAGGGAACGUAGAAGCAGCAAAAGGAGCAGUGAGAGUAUGGAUAAUACUGGGAGUGGCAGAGGGAUGCAUUGUGAGUGGAACACUGCUAGGAUGCAGACACUUUCUGGGUUAUGCCUUUAACUCCGACCACGACGUUGUCCACUACGUUGGAUCUAUCGCACCUCUUCUGUGUCUGUCGGUGUUCUUGGACUCCCUCCAAGCUGUUAUUUCAGGAGUGGCCAGAGGAAGUGGGUGGCAACAUGUGGGAGCGUACGUCAACAUCGGAGCAUUUUAUGUGGUGGGAGUUCCUGUGGGCACUUCACUUGCCUUCCUUGCUCAUUGGAAAUCAAAGGGUCUGUGGAUUGGACUCCUCUCUGGCUCCCUCCUCCAAUCUUUUCUUCUUUCUCUAAUCACUGCUCUCACUAACUGGUCUUCACAGGCACAAAGGGCAAGGCAAAGAAUAUUUGAUUCGAGACCUCCCGAUGAUGCCAAUGAAACAGUGAACCAACCUUAA